AUGCCAUCUCGACAUUCGACUGUGCCCAAUUUGGACUUCAGCUCCUUCAAAUCAGACUCAAACAAUGGGAAGCUUCCGUCGCCUCUUUCCCCUGGCCACAGUUCCGACGGCGGAUUGAGCCCCUUGACACCGCGCUCUCCCAAAUCAGCGUCGAGCUCACCCCUCUUCAAGGGUGCUACCAUUCGCCCCGUCACCCAUGACUCAAGCAGCAAAGCGACCAGUCCGACAUCUCCGACCUCGCCUCGCACUUUGACCGUUGAAACAACCCAAUCCGCCAACGAACCCCCCACCCCCGGUAUCACAGCCAUUCCACAAUAUUUCCCCUCACCCAAAGGAUCCAAACAUUCACGCGACCAAUCCAGGUCAUUCUUUGGAAACCUGAAAGCGCCAAAAUCUUCUCACCGAUCGCACCGUUCAGACGGCUCCGACGAAACAUCUACAGAACCCCCCAAGAGCCGCGGGACCUCCAGAGAUAGGAAGUCUUCAAUGGCGCGCAUCUUGUCUGAAUCGACUCCCGAUUUGCCCGCCAUGAUUGCUCGAUCAGAAGAGGCUGAAAGACUCAAAACUUCGGCUGGUGAUAAGACAACACAAAGGACAGGCCACAAAAAAGCCAGCACCGAGCCGGACUCUGCGCCUGCAAAGAAAAAUAAGCGAUUUGCCAACCUUCUUACAAGAUCUCGAUCUAUUCGAGUGGAUGAAUCAUCUGGAAACAGAGCCCCGGGACGCCGACCGUCAACGGGCCUAGCCAAAUUGGAGGAAUUUAGCAAGACCGAGGCGCCCAAAUCCGAGCCUAAACCCGUGUCCAAGCCUACGCCAUCUACCACCGUCACACAACCAGAGCGCCCAAACCGACCGGCGGGAACUCAUCUUGAACGACCGGCGGAGAUGAUCCCCAUCCGCAAGGAGAAGACUGGUGGAUCUAUGACCCAGUCAAGUUCAUUGAGCCAGGUAUCUGGCGCAUCAGCAGCUAUUUUCAAUAACCUCAAGCAGUCUUCAAGCGGCGCUGCAGACCGUUUGGGCAAAGCAGGGAAGGGUUUCUUCGGCAAGAUUACACGAAGUGGCAGCACCAACGAGCGAGAGUUGAUCACUGAUGACUCUUAUGUUUGCUCUGUGAUUAACCUCCCGCUGAUCGAGCAGGCAAGAAAGACCCGCAUUGCAAAGAAAUUGGAAGACUGCAGAGACAAGACCGAAUUCUGGAUGCCUGCUCUUCCAUACCGCUGUAUUGAUUAUCUCAACUUCAAGGGAUGUGAGGAGGAAGGCCUUUACCGAGUUCCUGGAAGUGGCAGAGAAGUCAAGCAUUGGCAAAGACGAUUCGAUUCGGAAUUAGAUGUUAGCCUCUUCGACGUUCCAGACCUUUACGAUAUCAACACCGUCGGAUCAUUAUUCAAAGCUUGGCUUCGCGAAUUGCCCGAAGAGCUCUUCCCCAAAGCCACCCAGGACAUGAUUUCUGAAAAGUGCGAGGGUGCCACGACCGCCCCGCAAUUGCUCAAGGAUGAGCUUUCUAAACUCCCGCCAUACAACUACUACCUCCUCUUUGCCAUUACCUGCCAUUUGAAUCUCCUUCACUCCUAUGUCGAUCAGAACAAGAUGGACUACCGCAAUUUAUGCAUUUGUUUCCAGCCUUGUAUGAAGAUCGAUGCAUUCUGCUUCCAGUUUCUGGUCUGCGACUGGAAAAACUGCUGGCAAGGCUGCUGGACUGAGAAGGAGUAUGUUGCAAAGGAGAAGGAAAUGGACGAGCAAGAGCAGAAGGUUGUCGACGAAAAGGCCAGGACCGUUUCGUCUCAGGCAUCUUCUACCCAUGAACGAGCCGUCUCUUCUAGCUCGAGCUCACAAGCCGAGGAAGAGCGACCUCGUCCUGAAACCUCCCGAGGCCGACGAAAGGCCAGGCCUCAAAAUAUCGAGACCGGUACUACACACUCCAGGAGCAUGUCCCAGCUUCCGGAACUUGGCCCACCACUUUCGCCUAUCAAAAUCUAG